CAUCCCUAAUUGUGACCAUGGAGUGCUAGUGGUUGGUCCCUGCUAGUUGACCUGGGGUCAGGUUUGAGCCACAUGUGAGAUUUCCUCCCGGCUGGCCCUGAUGAACACACAGUACAGGGUCUCCCAACACAGGAGCAGACUGCUAGCUCACUUCUACCACAUGACAGAAGAAACCGGCUUGGCACAAAACUCUCCCCCAAACCCUGGACAAGGAUCAAGACACCCAUCUGGCAAGGCUUACCUCACCGGCUCUCUAGACGCAGAAGUUUGGGUGGCCAGGAAGUUGUCAGAGGAAAGUAGGCUACAACGGAAGGAGCCACACAUUCCCCAAGAUGCCCCCAUAACAGAAUGAACUCCUUCAAGUGUCAGAAUAAGUAAGACGUCGGGUUAAGGGAGGUCAGAGUCCAGAAACUGGACCAAAGGGCCAAGAGUGUUGUGUAAGGUGGCAGAUACCCAACUACCUCUGGAUCCAAACAUGCCGCACAAGUAAAAAACACAUGUCGGUCCAAAAUGCUGCUGGAAAGACACGAACCACGACUCUCAAAGUGAUCAAAACAAACUCUGAUAUGCAAGGAAAGGACUGUUCAAGGUCGCGUGAGCUUCAGAAGUGGUAAAUAUUGUUGUUUGUCUUGAAGGAAUGCCCCAGGGUUGGGGGAAGUUGUCUUGGCACUUAAGUUGUGUAAAUAAUGCGAGGCAGAUUGGAAGCAGAACCGAACCUCAGGAACUGACCUACCUUCAGGAGAAUUCCUUCAUUCCUCGGCCUUGAAACAUGCAGACAGCAGCUCUUUCCUGUGCCACCAGACCAUGGGGACUCUGAGUCUGAGAGUGCUACAGCCAGUACAGGCUUGCAAAGUUUGACAGAGGAAAGUCAAGUGCAAGUGUGACCAUGUUCUGUUGUGUGUUAAUCGCCUUGCUGCUGGUAAAAGUGGCGUUAGUGGAGGGAUGCCCGCCCGUGUGCACCUGCACCACCGACGGUUACGGCGGCGUGCGGACAGACUGCAAUGGCAGAGGCACAGAAACGACAUUCCCGACCGGAUUUCCGCGCGACACGUUCCUGAUGGACAUCCGAAACUUCCAGGUGUCGCACCUACCUGCUGAAUCAUUCACGGUGUACCCGAAGCUCACCUACAUUUCCGUCCGCGACAACGCGAUCGUAACCGUGGACGACAACGCCUUCGCAGGCGCAGACGAGCUUGUGGAUCUCCACAUCACCAACAACAAGAUCGAGUCGAUGCGGAACAAACUUCUGGAGUUACGGCAGCUACAGAAUCUGUACCUGACACGGAACAAGCUCACAACGCUGGAAGAUACCCUUGUGGGGCUGACGAAGCUGCGCAAACUCGACCUGAGCCAUAACCAGAUCUCCGCUGUACAAGGCGCCUUCCCUGGCCUGGCACAACUCAAGCAGCUGGACCUGCGCCACAACAGGAUCAAGGAUGUCAGCGGAGCGUUUGGGGCCUUGGGGGCGCUGACUGCACUCUAUCUUCAGCACAAUGACAUUAGGUCAGUCAAGUUUUCCUCGCGUGAGCUUCGCAGUCUGCGUCUCCUGGACCUGAGUCACAACCGGAUAUCAUCACUCUUGGACGGAAGCAUCUUCGCUUUUCUGCCAAAAAUAAGGACCAUAAACCUCGAGCACAACUCUCUCUCCACCAUGGUCACCAACAUGACCAGUUUCCACGGCAACGACCUCCGCCUAUCCCACAAUCCCUGGCACUGCAGCUGCAACAUGCGGGACAUGAGGACCUGGAUCGCAGCGAGGAACGACCGGGAACAGAUCAACGUGACCUGCUCCCAGCCGAGGCGAGUGUUCGGGGAAAAGAUCUGGAAUGUUGCGGAGGAGGAGUUUGCUACAAACAGCGAUCCGCCGUGGAUCCGAAUGUCGGACAGUUUCCUCACGGUACAGGAAGGAGAGGACGUCAGAAUCGACUGUCGCACAACUGAGUGUCCGAUCACAAAGCUGAGCUGGAAGACCCCGAAGUCAGAGGUGCUCGAGCUGGGACAUCGAGCCCCUCGGACAAGCGUGUCAUCGGAAGGCUCUCUGUUUAUAGGGCAGAUACAGAAGCAUGAGGCAGGGGUGUACCACUGCAUAGCUGAGAACGUUAAUGGGAAAGAUGAGGAUAUGGUCUUCAUUUCUGUUGAGGGAAUAACCACACUGCCGCCUCCAACGACAAAUCGGAGAACGAACUUCGACACGGUGCUUCCUCCGGGAAGACGAGACAACAUUGUCAUGGCGACGGCUCCGCCCCAGGUAACAGCGCCGGGUCCGACCCCUGACCCCGACUACUGUCCCGACCUGUGCGAGUGCGACGACAACCCGGCCUGGGGGAUGAGCGUGCGUUGCCGUGGUUACCACUUCUUCCUGGACACCCAAGACAACAUCCCUGUCUCCGCAAUCUGGCUCAAACUGGAGGGGUUCAUCAUGAAGGUCCUUCAUGCCAAGGCUUUCGUGCAUCUCAAGAAAGUCCGCUCCAUGUCCUUAAAGUACAAUGACAUCACGCACAUCACCAACCAGACGUUCCAGGGCCUCACCAGCCUGCUGUUUCUGGACAUGAGCCACAACAACAUCUACCUGUUCCACAAUGGAACAUUCCACGAACUUGGCAACCUGGUGGAGCUGACCUUGAAAUGGAACAGGAUGGUGGAUGUCAAUCACUCAUUUGUUGGCUUGGAGAGACUGCUGAAACUGGACCUGAGUCACAACUGGCUGGUGUCCUCUGAAGGGUUGAUGGAAGGAUUACCCAGACUGUGGUACUUGGACCUGAGCUAUAACAACCUGACUUCACUCUCCGACACGUUUUAUCAGCCUUGCAGGAUCAGGGUGCUGAAACUGGCCCACAACGACCUGUCAUCGCUAGACGGACAACUCUCGGAUCUCACAGAGCUAAGAACUUUAGAAGUGCCACACAACAAGCUCCGUAGGCUGACGGAAGACACCUUCAGGAGGGCGAAUAAGAUUUGGGACUUGGACCUGAGCUUCAACGUCAUCCAAACCCUGCGGUACCCAUUUCAGGGCAUGCGCGAGCUACAAGAACUGAAUCUCCGUGGAAACCAGAUCGAGUAUCUGGACUAUGCAAUGCGCGGUCUCACCACUUUGAUCGAAGCUGAUCUCAGCUUUAACAAGAUUAAGACGAUAGAGUAUGAACUUGACGAGCUCACCGAGCUCCAAGUUCUGGACCUACAACACAACGAAAUAGAGCGGCUGGAAACUUCCCUCCGCAAAAUGGUCAACCUCAGAGAGCUGUUGCUAAGCAACAAUGGUAUCAGAUAUCUGGACAGUGGGUUCAACGACCUAACAAAACUCGAGCACCUGGACUUGAGGAACAACUUAAUCACCUCUGUUGAAGAUGUCUUCCAAGGCUUAGGUCGUCUUAAGUCACUACACCUGACCAACAACAAACUGACUUCCAUCACCUCUCUCAUAAAAGGCCCUAACGUGUUAGAGGAGUUAUUGAUGGAUUACAACAGUAUUGAUCAGGUUGAUAUUAACUUCUUUAACAGCCUUUACAACCUGAAGUGGUUAGACGCAAGCAACAACAAGAUAGGAGACAUCGAGGGACUCUUCUCCAACCUCACCAACCUGGAGUACUUACACCUGAGCAGCAACAGAAUUGAGUCCAUCGGCGACGCCUUUAAGAACUUGAACAAGCUGCGGACGCUUCAUCUGAGUAACAACACUGUGAAGCACAUCCAUCGGGUCUUCAGUAACCUGCCAGAACUGGAGUUCCUCGACCUUUCGCACAACAUCAUCACCUCCAUUCGUAAUGGCUUCUCUUUUCUCUCCAAGCUCCGCUGGCUCACCCUCAGCCAUAACAAGAUCAUCUCUAUCUCUGAGGGUUUCAAAGGACUCGAUAAUCUGGCAACGCUAAAGUUAGACCAUAACAACAUUCUCUUCCUUGUCAAUGGACUGAACAGCUUGCAGAGUGUCAGACACUUGGAUGCAAGCAGAAAUCAGAUCAACCACGUGAAGGGUGUUUUUGCUGGGAUGAAAAAUUUAAAGGAGUUGUACCUAGCUGGGAACAGCCUUCGUGACAUCAAGAAAGUCUUCAACGAAAACACACAGAACACCCUGAAAGAACUUCAGUGGCUGGACCUUCGAGACAACAAGAUAGACUCUCUGUACAGAGUCUUUGAGGGCUUGGAAAAGCUUGAAUCACUGGAUCUGAGUAACAACAACAUCAGAUUCCUAGACCGGGCGUUUGCAGGUUUGUCCGCCCUGCGUUACAUUCACCUGGGCCACAACAAACUGCAAGACGUGAACGGACACUUUGAGGACCUGAAUUCCCUCACAGACUUGCACCUCGACAACAAUAAGAUCACCAACGUCGACAAGGCCUUCAAGAAAAUACCACGCCUCUCCUGGCUUCAACUCACCUCCAACUACAUCUCAAAAAUCACCGAUGCCUUUGACGACAGCCCCGAUCUUGUUGGACUAAACCUCAGCAGCAACAGCAUCCAAUCUCUGGAUCGCGCCUUCACAGGAGUGGACUCCAUCCAACACCUGGAUCUGACCGACAACAGAGUCAGUCACAUCAACGGACACCUGGACAACUUGGACUUACGAUCGCUUUAUCUCGGGAACAAUUCUCUGUCUGACAUGCGAGGUGCCUUCAGCAAGCUUGACAAGCUGAGAAGUUUGGAUCUUACCAGAAACGGCCUGACAAACGUAACAGGUGUGCUCGAGGGGAUGAAGAUGUUACAGGUGCUAGACCUCUCAUUUAACAAACUCCAGUCCGUACAGCAGUGCUUCGAGACCACCCCACACUUGUGGUGGCUGAACAUAAGUCACAACGAGCUGAACGCGCCCGGCAUCGAGAGCGCGUUUGAAAGCCUUCGCAGGCUCGAGGAAUUGGACUUGACCUACAAUAACCUGACGACGCUGGACCGCUGGUUCACGUGGUACCAGAACUCCACGUACCUCGGUAACAACCCGUUCCACUGCACCUGCGAGCUGCUGUACCAUCGCUACUGGAUGCUCAGCAGGACUGACGAGAGGAUCAUCGAUGCCACAUGCGCGACUCCCGACCGCGUACGCGGGGAGAAGCUCUGGGAAACGGACGCCGUGAAAGCGACCGCGCCGCGAGCGAGAUCGACUCCGUACAGCGUUGUCACGGCGAUGGGAAACGAGGCCCUGCUGCGAUGUCAGAUUCCCGGCUGCCCCGAGCCCAUCAGAAAAUGGACCUUACCCAACAGUAAGAAAGUGUCGACCAGCCAGGGAAGGUACGAACUGUUGGAAAAUGGAACUCUGAAGAUUAGGACUGUUAACAAGAGGGACGCAGGAAGGUAUAUCUGUCACGCCAGUAACCCACUAGGUAAUGCUACAAGCACAGUGUACCUGUUCAUAAGAUAGCAAAGUUCUAGCCAGCCUUUGCCAGGGUAGAACAUCUCUUUUUGGCUGCAC